UUCCGCGCAGAGAGGACGCAAGCCAUCCCGUCUUGUGACGUCACGAAAACAAAAAUACAUCGCAGUUUUCAUAACAAGUAUGACGCUGCGAAAAUCUUAAUUCGAAAAUGGUUUGACAGUUCUAUUUGACGUUUGUAGUUUAAUGGUGGAUUUUGAAAUAGGAGUUUUCUUUUUUUUCUGAGAGUGAGUUGUAAACUUUUUGGUUGAUGAGAUGAGAUGUUUGGUUUUUGAAUUUUCUUUUGUGCCUGUAUCAUUUUCAUAUUAAGGUUUUACUAUACCAGUGUUUUGAUGAGAAUUGAAUAAGUGUUAUGUGAGAAAAGCGGAUUGAAACAGCUGAUCAGCUAAUUCUUUGUUUGUUUGAGUUUGAAGAUGCCGCGCUAUGUACAGUAACGCGAGCGACGCGGAGCGCGAUGCGGCGGAGGAGACGACGCUCGCGGCGCUCGUAGCGCUCUACGUGCUCGUCUCUGUCAUAGGUAUUAUCGGUAAGUGUGAAGAUGCCGCGCUAUGUACAGUAACGCGAGCGACGCGGAGCGCGAUGCGGCGGAGGAGACGACGCUCGCGGCGCUCGUAGCGCUCUACGUGCUCGUCUCUGUCAUAGGUAUUAUCGGUAAGUGUGAAGAUGCCGCGCUAUGUACAGUAACGCGAGCGACGCGGAGCGCGAUGCGGCGGAGGAGACGACGCUCGCGGCGCUCGUAGCGCUCUACGUGCUCGUCUCUGUCAUAGGUAUUAUCGGCAAUGUAAGCUUAAUGGCAGCAUUAGCGUCAGGCGGCGCGUCGCGUCUCCGCACGCCACAGAUGCUGAGCGCGUGCGCAGCUGACUUCCUCGUAUGUGCGGCCAGCGCGCCUCUAGCGGCCACCAGGGCGGCCAGGAUAGAUGAGCUGCCGUGCCAAGUUACUUAUUAUAUUGAGUCAUUCCCAGUGGCAGCGAGCACAUUAUCUCUGGUCGCGAUUGCCGCAGACCGGUGCGGCGCGGUGCGACGCGGAGGCACCUCGCUGUGUGCGCGCGCGCACCUCGCCGUAGUCGCUGUGUGGAUCGCCGCGCUGUUACUUAGUGCGGCAGCAUUCACAACGACGUGCGUAUCAUGUCCGCCACUAGCGGCGGCGCACGCUCUUCUCACGUACUGCUUCCCAGUGAUCGCCGUCGCGCGGUGCCACUGGGCAGUACGAGUCAAGCUCACAGCCCUCUCCCUCACCGCACGAGCAGCGCACGGCGAGCUCCCACUCCCCGUGCCCCUCAUGAGGAGACCAACCCACGUCAUCAUCGUCGCCGGCGUAGGACCCCGAGAACGCCGAGAUGCCGUCGACGUUGGUGACGUCAGAUCCAAGAAAAAGCUCCAACCGAGCCUCCUAGGCCCGCAACCCCAAACCUCAACGCUCCGCUCCAGACGACGGUUAGGCAACGUCCUCAUGGGGAUUGCAGCGAUAUUCGCAAUGUGCUGGUGUCCGCAUGCUGCGAUAGUGGUGGCGGGCGCGUUAGGGCUGCACGUGCCGUUCCUGCUGGCGCACUUCGCGCUGCUGCUGGGCUACGCGCACUCGGCGCUGAACGCCGUGGCGUACUGGGUGCUGAACCGGCACGCGCUGACGUCGGCGUGCGCGGCGUGGCGGCUGCCGCAGCUGCGCGUGCGGGAGGAGCGCCCCUCGUCGACCAACGAAGCGGCUCUCGGAGCCUUCCACCCGCGCCUCGCCCGGCCCGCGCCCUCGCCCCGCCCUCCCCCCUCAAGCUUCCUCUAUUGAUGUCCGUCUAUCUUCUAAGCUCUGUCAAUCUGUGAUUCCUGUCUCUCAGUGCCUCGUAUAGUCUACAGGCGCCCCUCGCGGGGAGCCGCUCGUUUCGUCGUUAUAAACGUGGUUGUUUGAGAUUUUAUGGAGAAUAAUAUCCGUGAAGCAAUAAAGUGUAUGAAACACU